UUACGUCCCUACGCAACGAGGCGUGCCGAGUGCGUGCAACGUCAUUACGUCAGAGGAGAAGUGCCAACAUGGCGUUUACCUUGUACUCCCUGAUUCAGGCGGCGAUUUUGUGUACGAAUGCCAUUGCUGUGCUGCACGAAGAAAGAUUUCUCAGCAAAAUCGGUUGGGGAGCGGAUCAAGGCAUCGGAGGCUUUGGAGACGAACCAGGAAUCAAAGCUCAAAUGCUAAAUCUUAUCCGAUCUGUCAGGACAGUUAUGAGAGUGCCUUUGAUAAUAGUAAAUGCCGUGUGUAUUGUGUUAUUAUUGCUAUUCGGAUGAAAGCCGACUCGACAUGGACCGUGGACUAACUGGCGAAAGAAAAUGGACUUCUUUUUUUUUUUUUUUUUGUACAUGCAAUGUAAUUGUCUCACUGUUGUAUCCUGGGCAUAAAGGAUUCGUGUGGCUAUUCCAAAGUUUUAUAUGUCUGGAGAUCGGUAAAUCCUGAUAUUUUGUUUGUAUAAUGUUGCUCAAUGGAACUUUCAAGCGUCUCUCUUAGUCAUGUUUACACGAUUCGUUCUUCAUUAAAUGGUGACGCCCCUGUCACCUCGCACAGCCAUAUCGUUAAACCUUUUUCAGAGAUUUGUGUCAUGUCAGCAUUUAAAAAUAAAUCAAUAAAUAAAAAUCAGACUUCAAGAGUGAAACAAAUGGUUAAGGGAGCAAGUUGUGCUACGUGUCCUGGACAGGCUGAGCUUGUAAAAGGUGUCUGUGAUAAACUGCUCUCGGGUCAUCUUCAUAUAAGGUUCUGUAUUAAAGACUGUUGAUGAUGUUUGAUGCACCACUAAACAACAACAACCCCUGUGAGCCAGUCAAUAUUUGUCAGAUUUUAAUAAAAUCUUUUCAUGCUUUUGA